AUGGAUCAACCAAGCAGCAGCACAGAUGUGCCACAGCACUAUGUAGAUGACCCUGGUCAACAUGCACACAAGAGAAGGGCACAUGCGAGUGCCAGAGACCCACCAAAUAGUCUCCAGACACCAGCUGAACACCCGAGGGAGGGAGUCAGCACUACAGCUGCUAAACAGCAUGCAGCAGAGGAGAUGAGCUGCAAGGAGUCAGAUGGGCAUGCUGAACCCAAGGUCAUGGCUGAGCAAUGCAAAUGCGAGGCUAUUGAGCCAGCACCAGACCUAAUUCUUCAAAUGGAAGCAUGCACCACCAAGAAUUUACUAUGA